AUGAAGUUCACUACCGCAGCACUGGCUAUUCCCCCUCUUUCUGGGGUCUUGGCCCACCCGGAGAGGCUCACCGAGGAGGUCCGCAGACAAGAGGCUCAGAUGAUCGGCCGUUCCACAGACAAGUGCGCAUCCGCCAUCGCAAAGCGCAAGGAAGACAUCAUGGAGAAGCGCGCGCAGCCUCUCUACCGCCGUCGUGUUGAGUCCGGAAACAUUUCUCCCAACGACGUGUCCAAGCGAAACACACUCCAAUACCAGGACAUUCAAAACACUACCUGUGCUCUUGCCCCUGAUACCAUCUGGGGUCCUUAUGGUGUCGACGGUGAGAUGGUCCGCCACGAUCUCCGCGAGAACCAGACCGGCAUCGACUUCUACUUUGACAUCGGUGUCAUUGAUAUCGAGACGUGCGAGCCGUUGUCCGGCGUCGCGCUCACCAUCUGGAACUGCAACGCCACCGGCAGCUACUGCUCCUUCACGGGAGUCGACCCGGACACCGUCGAGCUCCUGGACGGCUGGACAAAGCGCGAUGACGGCACCACCGACGACGAGACCUUCUUGCGCGGUGUCCAGGUCACCAACAGCGACGGCAUGGUCGAGUUCCUGACGACCUUCCCCGGUUACUACGUGACACGCACUACGCAUAUCCACAUCACCGCACAGUCUAACGUCACGAACGGCACCGGCUACUCGCAGUCCACGAUCCAGCACAUCGGCCAGCUCUCCUUCGAGGAGGACCUCCUCGAGGACGUGUACAACCUCAGCCCUUACUCCGCGCACAAGCUGACGCUGAACCGCACGACCAACGCCGAGGACUAG